GUUGAUGGUGUCUCUAUGGAAACCGCCCCCCCCCCUCAGGUGACUCCAGCUCUGGGGCUGGUCGCGGUGUUUCUGCUGCUGGUCGUGGUUCAGGAGCCGAACAGAGGAGCCAUCGAGGCUCGACCCGAGCAUCAGCUGCACCACACCAGCUGGCUGAUGGACCUGCAGGCGCUGAGCAAGAACUACAGUUUCGUGUUGUCCACCUUCGGUUUCACUGCGGUGGCGUUUGUCACCGGCUCUCUGGCUCUUUGGGCCCCGACGUUCCUGUUGAGAGCGUCUAUCUUCACCGGGGUGAAGGCUCCAUGUGUGGAUGCACACUGCGCCUCCUCCGACAGCCUGAUCUUCGGAGCGAUCACCUGCGUCACAGGCGUUCUGGGCGUGGCCAGCGGCGUGCAGGUGAGUCGGCAGCUGAGGAAGAAGACGCCCAGAGCCGACCCACUGGUCUGUGCCGCCGGUCUGCUGCUCUCUGCACCGUUCCUGUACCUGGCCAUCGUUUUCGCUGAGGCCAGCACCAUCGCCACAUACAUUUUCAUCUUCCUGGGAGAAACGUUCCUGAGCAUGAACUGGGCCAUCGUGGCUGAUAUUCUGCUGUACGUGGUCGUUCCCACUCGACGAGCCACAGCCGAGGCGCUGCAGAUCGUCAUCUCUCAUCUGCUGGGAGACGCUGGGAGUCCCUACCUGAUAGGAGUGGUCUCUGACUCUCUGAGGAGGACGGACUCGUUCCUGUGGCAGUUUCGCUCGCUGCAGCUCUCUCUGCUGCUCUGCGCCUUUGUAGCUGUGGUGGGCGGGGCUUUCUUCCUCGCCACCGCCCUCUUCAUCGAAGGAGACCGGCAUCGGGCCGAGAACUACGUCGCUACAGGUGAGACACACGGAGCGGCUGGCUUCACGUCAGCUGCAGAGGGGGAGGAGGCUGAAGCAGCUCAGACCGUCGAGCGGGACGACGAGCCGAUCGUUGUGCCGAAGAGCGGCCGGUCGACUCGGGUGCCGGUGUCCAGCGUUCUGAUCUGACCACAGAAAUCACACGUCUGUCGUACCUGUGGGUUUUUGGGUUUUUAUUUUGACUGCAAACACUGAGGGGACUGUCGGCCGCGCAGAAACGUCUUAAGACUGGUUUAUUUUUAAAUCUCUUUUUUUAGAACCUGCCCAGGAACGUGGUCGUCUCAGGAGAUAUUUUUCAUUUUGUGGAUUUUCAGUGUGAAGGUGAAUCUUUUCAGACUCUGAGGAGAAACAGAAGCUGCUCUUUCGAUUCACUUUGACUUUUUGUUCGACACUGGAAGUGAAACGACACGACCGUCGACAAACGGAUGAAAAAUAUCUUUCUCACCUUCAGUGAGAAUUAAACCAGCGGAUCUGGGAUCAGAAGACAAACCAAAAAUAACUUUAUAUAGACGACAAACUUUAUUAAUCACUUUUCAUCUGAGCUCGUUUUAAUAACACUAACCUCUAAAUGCCAGUCGUCAGAGAGUUCUUAUCUGUACAUUUUUAUUCUUUCACUGAUUUUAAUCCUCGUUCUUCUGUUGAAGUGUUUAUCAGAGAAUUCUUUUAUGUUAUUUGUAGGAUUUGCUCAUUGAGAAAACAUCAAGUCAAUGACAGUUAUUUAAAAAACGUUAAUCAAAGUUUAAUCUCGAACUAUUUUACCUUUUUUGUGAAAUAUUAAACCAGAAUAAACUUGUCGGACAAUAAUGUGUUUGCACAGGAUGACAGUGUUUGUCUCGUAUUAACACGCUCAGGUAGGUCAGUGUUUCAGUGAGUACGGAGGCUCUGAGAGGUGUUUCUUUUUCAAAGAGACUCAGAUGCACCCUGUGUGUUUUUACUGGAAAUUUAAAUUUAGGAUUUUACGUUAAGGAAAAUAAAGUUCUUUAACAUCACAAAUGAUUUAAAAUGUUUUGUCACAGAGACACUUUGGGAAGUUUGACGACAUCGUAUAUAACCUGUUUUCACAGAUGAAAAAUCACCCUGGUAGUUUGUUCACAGAUUAAUUUAAGUUAACUUUCAAAAAUUAAAAAAACACACUUGCCUCUCAGCGCUUCCGGACGAAGGUAACGAAGGGAAGAAUCGCCGUCGUCUGUCAGAGUGUUUCAGCUUCAUGUUAUUAAAGGAACAGUUUGAUAUGUUG